AACAGCGCGACACGGAUACGUCACUGAGUUUCAAAAAAGUGUUUAAUAACAUUCGUGAUAAGGAGGUAUAGUUAGGUUUUGCCUUUGCCAGUACUUGAAUUUUGCCGAAUCAUCUGUUAUAAUGUCUUGAUUAAGAAGCAUAAUUAGACACUGAAACAAGAGUAAACCAUAAUUGUCACUGUCAGUGAAAAGGAGUUUGUUCUGUUGAAGAAUGGGUGCCAUAGGAAGAUAUGGAUUCUUCAUUGUAAGCACACUGGGGCUAUUUAGUGCUAUAUUUUGGACAUACAUAUCACAAGUACCACCACUUCCGGAAAUUAAACCUCAAUGGUGGGGUCCAGGCAAGCCAAAGGCAGUCGACAGAUCAAUAAGACCGUUCAAGAUUAACAUAUCAGAUGAGGUCUUGGAUGAUUUACAAGACAGACUUGAAUUAUUACCAACUCUUACUCCACCACUUGAGGGCAUAGGAUUCCAGUAUGGGUUCAACACAAAAUAUUUGCAAGAAGAAGUAAUAGAAUACUGGAAGACAAAAUAUAAUUGGAGAGAACAAGAAAAGUUUUUGAACAAAUUUCCACAAUUCAAGACUUGUGUAGAUGGCUUAGAUAUUCAUUUCAUUCAUGUUAAGCCAACCAGUGUUCCUGAAGGAACUGAAGUGUUGCCAUUGCUGCUACUUCAUGGUUGGCCGGGAUCUGUGAGAGAAUUUUAUGAGAUUAUACCUCAUCUAGUGAAGCCACAAGCAGGUUUCAACUUUGUUUUCGAAGUUAUAGUGCCCUCAUUGCCUGGCUAUGGUUUCUCUGAUGGUGCUGCAAAGCCAGGCCUUGGAGCUGCUCAAAUUGCAGUAAUUAUGAAAAACCUUAUGGGAAGAAUUGGGCUGCAAAAAUUUAUUGUACAAGGCGGAGACUGGGGAGCUGUGAUAGCAUCUAAUAUGGCCACCCUUUUUCCAGAGAAUGUAAAGGGGCUUCAUUCAAAUGCCUGUUUUGUACAGAGCUUGAAAAGCACAAUAAAGCUGUUUUUGGGGAGUCUUUGGCCAACAUUUGUGGUUGAAAAGGAUUAUGUUGACAAAGUUUAUCCUCUGUGGGAACAUUUUCAGUUUUUGCUUGAGGAAUCUGGUUACCUGCAUCUCCAAGCCACAAAACCAGACACAAUUGGAGUUGCUCUGAGGGAUUCUCCAGCUGGUUUAGCAGCAUAUAUAUUGGAAAAGUUUUCAACAUGGACUAACCCAGCAUGGAAAUCGUUGUCAGAUGGUGGUCUCACCAAGAAGUUCUCUCUUACAAAAUUACUGGAUAAUAUAAUGAUGUAUUGGGUAACAGGAUCAAUCACAACCUCAGCAAGAUUAUACAGUGAAACUUUCACCAAAGCUCAAAUGGAAUUAGAAUUAGACAGCAUACCAACAGCUGUCCCCAGUGGAUGCACAAAUGCUCCCAAUGAACUUAUGUAUUUGUCUGAAUCACUACUUCGUGACAAGUACGCCAACUUGAUCCAUUUUUCUCACAUGAAAGCUGGAGGACAUUUUCUCGCUUUUGAGGAGCCACAAUUAUUAGCCGAUGAUAUAUGGCAAUUUGUAAAGAAACUGAGAACUAUUGCAAAAUGAUGAACACGAGAGUCAAAAGUGAUGGAAGAUGAUUUGUUAUACUCCCAUAAAAUUAAUGAAAACUCCUCUGUUUGAAUGGGGAAGUUAACCUGAUAACAUUUGUCAACACGCCACGUAUUAAAAAAAUGUUUCUGGUAAUUAUAGUAUUCUCUCAAAGUAAAUAAUGUAGAUCGUGGUGUACAUUUGAAGAACUUUGAAGGGAAUGAUGAAAAAUAGCAAUUUAUCUGUCACUGCCUGGGCAUCACAAAUCACAUGGCUACCAAUGAAGCUUAAAAUCUGUGCUGAAGACUUGAAAACAUGCAAAGCAAGAGGGUAAUAGGAUGAUAACACUCACAUUCAGUAUUUCUCCUUCCAUGAUGCCAAACAACACACACUUGAAGUGACGCAAAAAAUUGUCAUAAAUGUAGUGAACAAUUUAUUGAUGUGAAAGAGGCUUUGAAUACUUCACAUUGAGGCUCCAUGAACAUAAAUUUCAGCAUAUAGUAUUUCUCCUUAUCGCAAUGGAGAUGGUAUGAGUGUACUUCCAGAAAACGCUUCAUGUGGUGUGCAUCAUGGUAUUUAAUACCCAUAACAGUGAAGGCUUUCCAUUGCAUGUAUUAUUGUUUUAUUUUUAAUAAAGCUUAAAAUGAAUUUUGUG